UCUGUAGCAAGUCCAAGGUCUAGGGCUUUGGCAGGCAACGUGGUCCAAUGUCAGUCCAAUGGUCAGCACAACGAGCAGUCAACGAAGUCCAAACACAGUCCAGGGGUUCAGCAGGGCAGGAGUAGGAAGACAUAGUCACGGCCGGUCCAAGGUCAAGGCAGGAAGCAAGGCAAGAGUCUGAGUAGCAAGGCAAGGGAUCAAAGGAUCCAGAGACUGACGCUUUCGCCAGCCAGCAGCGACCACCUUGUUGUUGUCGAGCGACUCCCUCCCAGCCACAGCAUGCCCAGGUCUCCAAAACAAGGAUACCUCUUCAGAGGGUCAAAAAUGAGACUCUUGCGCCAGUUGCUUCAUGUGGCUGUUGUAGCAGCAGUGUUUUCCCUGUCGUGUCUUGCGCAAGAGAAAUGUGCGGGGGUUCCAGGAAUUCCAGGGACUCCGGGGGCUAAUGGGUUGCCUGGAAGAGAUGGACGGGAUGGCAUGAAAGGAGAUCCAGGACCACCAGGUCCUAUGGGUCCCCCUAACGGCCUACCUGGUGCGCCUGGAAGAGAUGGGCUUCCCGGUCCAAAUGGGCUGAGAGGUGAACCUGGAGAGAAGGGAGAAAGGGGGCAGCCUGGACCAGAAGGCCGCCCUGCUUUUCUUGAUCCUGGAGUGCAGGAGGUCCUCAGACAUCUGAAGCAAAGAAUCAUGAACCUUGAAGGAGCCCUGGCUUUGAAAGGAAUGAUAAAGAGAGUGGAAAACAAGAUACUGGCUACUAAUGCGAAGACAGUUGAUUUUGAAACUGCUCUCCAAACAUGUCAGCAUUCGGGCGGUUCCAUUGCCAGACCCAUGAACGAGCAGGAGAACGAGGCUGUUUUGGAUAUUGUGAAAGAGAACAACCAAUAUGCUUACUUGGGAAUCAAGGAGAGUUCUGUGGCAGGACAAUUUGAGUAUUUAGAUGGGAUGGCUGUGAAUUAUACAAAUUGGCGUCGCUAUGAACCAAAUGGCAAGGGAAGUGAAAACUGCGUGGAGAUGCACACUGAUGGAGGCUGGAAUGACAAAAAAUGCAACCAGUAUCGUCUCAUUGUGUGUGAAUUUUAAACACAUCCCUCCAUCUACACUACAAGACUGAAACCAGAGUGUCAUAUAGCCAUGGCUUCUGGGAAUUGUGGUUCUGCGAAGGCAUUCAAGGUAUCUGUCAGAAAAGUCCCACCCGCCCUCUCAAAACUACAAUUUCCAGGGUUCCUUAUGGAAGCCACGAUCAUCUUAACUGAUACAAAGACAACUCUAAAGUAGUAAUAUAAACACUGCAGAAUCUGUUUGUUGUGCCCUGUAGUGUAAUAGACAUGGUGUGUGUGUGUGUGUGUUUUACCUAGAUCUGGCAAGAAGA